UGGGCGCGGCCCGGAAGUGCUCGCGCCUUAGAGACGGGAGUGGGACGCGGGGCGCACUGACGGAACGGCGGCCAUGUCCGAGACCGACCCCAAGACCGUGCAGGACCUGACCGCAGUGGUACAGACAUUGCUUCAACAGAUGCAAGACAAAUUUCAGACCAUGUCUGACCAGAUCAUUGGAAGAAUUGAUGACAUGAGCUGUCGCAUUGAUGACCUGGAGAAAAACAUAGCUGACCUCAUGACGCAGGCAGGAGUGGAAGAAUUAGAAGGAGAGAACAAGACGCCUGCUCCUAAUAAGACCUAAAGUUGCCAAUAAAUUAGGAUGAAUGCUGGGAUACAUUUUUUACAAGCCCGUGAGAUUACAGAACAGCUUUUUGCAACUACUGUGUGUAAAAGCAUUUUUAUAUGGUUAUAGAGCUUGCAUUCCUAAUGUAUAUUGUAUACCUAGGCUUAGGUUAGUUUAUAUUUUGAUUUGUGUACUGUAGUUUCACUUUUUGAAUUCUUGUUAUAAAGGAUCAACUGUGUUAUUAAAACACAAAUCUGAUGGAUCUGAACUAAAACUACUGAAUGUGAGUGGAUUUGUGUGAAGUCAUUUAUUUUUCUCUGUUUACUAUACGUUUUAUAAACAUUUCAUUUUGAUGGCAAAAGAUCUAGUGAUUUCUAUUGAAAUUGAAAAAAUUAACUUGUCAUAUGUAACUUUGUGGAAUGAAGCACAAGAUUGAAAUAUAGAGUUAGUUGUAGUGCUAUUUAGAUAGCAUAAAUUACUGAACCAGUACAAGGUUGUUUAUUAAUGUUUUUAAUGUAUCCAAGAUGAUGCUUCUGGAAACUUGAGACUCCAGAAAAAGAAUCACAGCUUGCUCAUACUCUUGUAUUACUUUACCUAUUGAGCCUGUAUUUUAAUUCUCUAAAACACACCUGCAAAAUUGAGCAAUGACUGCCAUUCAAAUAGGUUGUAGAAUUUAAAAAGCUGAGGUGCUAUUAAUUCUUGGUUAAAGUUUUCUAAGAGUAUUGUAAGAUACUACACUGAAACUCUGAUAGCGCAGGUCCAUUAACAGUGUUAUAUCUGAACAGUAGUGUUAUGAAAAUAAUGAUAAACCACUAUCCGAGAAAAGUGCCAGGUCUUUGAGGUUAGAUCACUGGUUCUCUGAAUGAAACUCUGCUGAUUAAGAAACCAGAAUAUCCUUGUAUGCAAAGGAAGGAAUCCAGUUAUCCAAGAGUUGUAAAGUCCUGGUUAUUGUGAGAGCAACAAACUCUAGGACUCUUCAUAAUACCCUGAUCCAGAAACCAAAACUCCUAUUAAUCUCUUAUUAAACUUUUAUUAAUCUUGUCCAAUUUGUGUCUAGCUGUUAAAAUUUAACAGGUUAAAUUAGAGUUUUUGUUUUCAUAAAUAUUUUCUGAAUAGUCCUUGUAUACCAUUUCACUGGAACACAAAGAUGACCAGCGUUUGGAAGAUUGGUGUGGCUGUUAAAAUACCAAUGCAGUUUGUUUGAGCAUAACUUUGGCAUAAAAUCGAAAAUGCAUGCGAGGGUCUGAGAACUAGAGUGGAAUUACGAAGGCAACACAAGAUGUGAUUUUUCAAAGCAGGAAAAACUGUACUAUAAGCUCAUAGUAAUAGGGAAAGUUGUGAUUUGUAGGUGUAUGCUGUACCACCAGCCUUAGAUUUGUUGUACUGUCAUUAAAAUACCUAAUAAACUGUUAAAUGGUAA